UCAAAUAGUUUUGUUUCUGGUAAAAUAAAUAAAUAAAGACGAAUAAAUGGAAGGUAAUACAUUAAAUGUUAGUCGCCGGGAACAUUAAAUCGAAUACGAAAUGGUAAUAUUUCUUACCUUUAUAUGUAAAGAAAAAAUGUGUUGUAGUGUAAUUUUCUUACAGAUGAAACAUUUAUGCGUCAGAAGGCUGCCGAAAUUCUUGAGGAAGAGUUCCGGACACAUGGAAUCUUAUUUAAUGAAGUGAUAUUUGCAUCAGACGAAGAACAAACACAGGCGACUCCCGAAAUCGUGGAAUCCCAGAAUUUUUCAAGUGAAAUGGCGUUUUCCUCGCUCGAGGACAGUCAAGACUUUACACUUAUUUACGGCGAACAGGUAUGGCUGGAAGCACCAACAAAACUGAUGCUGUCUUUAUUAGAGGAACUCCGCCCCAAAGUAGGGAAGUCUGCGCAAGUAAGAAAUAAAUGCAAAAUGUGGAAAAUUAUUGAGGAACAGAUGAGAAAAGAAGGUUAUUCAUUCAGUGCCAUUCAAAUAGAAAAUAAGUUCAGGGGCAUGGAGCGCCAAUACAAAAAAACCGUACUGAAUAACAGGCAAAGUGGAAGGAGUAAGCAAACGUGUCCUUUCAAAGCGAGCUGGAUGCAAUUUUGUCGGAAAAGCGGUCUAUAAACCCGACCUUCCUCUGGGAAAGCAGCGAUUCUCCAGAAGCAUCUAGGAUGGAUACCGCAAGUAGUGAGGUGGCUUCAGAUUUCCGGGCAGGUAGUUCAGGUACGACAUACAUACAGUUGCGUUCAAAAUAAAAGUGGCACGGCGUUUAAACAAUAUUUUACCAUUUAUUCUUUUUCUAUUUAAUUUUCUUUUACUUUUUAUAAGACUACAGUUACAAGCAGACCUCCAUAGCAUGCGUAUCCGUAUGCGUUGCUAUGUAGGUGCUG